GCGCCAAGAGCUCGAGCCGGAGCCUCCCGGCGGCUCCUCCGCUCGCCGCUGUUGCCUCCUCCUGCGGGCACGAUGCAGUUUAUGUUGCUUUUUAGUCGUCAGGGGAAGCUGAGACUUCAGAAGUGGUAUGUCCCGUUGUCUGACAAAGAGAAGAAGAAAAUCACAAGGGAACUUGUUCAGACAGUGCUGGCCCGUAAACCGAAAAUGUGCAGCUUCCUGGAGUGGAGAGACCUGAAGAUUGUCUACAAAAGAUAUGCAAGCCUUUAUUUCUGCUGUGCUAUUGAAGAUCAGGACAAUGAACUGAUAACCCUGGAAAUAAUUCAUCGUUAUGUGGAACUACUUGACAAGUAUUUUGGCAGUGUGUGUGAACUUGAUAUCAUCUUCAAUUUUGAAAAGGCUUAUUUUAUUCUGGAUGAGUUCCUGUUGGGAGGGGAAGUUCAGGAGACCUCCAAGAAAAACGUUCUCAAAGCCAUUGAGCAGGCAGAUCUGUUACAGGAGCCACGUCAUGAAUACUUUAAUGUCCCAGUGUACUAAAUGACUUCAUUCAUCAUGCAUGCAGCAUUUCAGAGAGGAGAUAGACCUGACUUAUUCAUGGCAGAACCUUAUCCUCAGCUCGGUGAAAUCAAUCAUCUUGAACACAAUAGACUAUACCACAACCAUUAUCUUUGCUGUUGUACUUUCCUUCACCCCUUCUGUUUGUAUAUUCUCAUGUCUCAUCUUGAUAUAACUUGUUCCUGUCAGCAUAUGAUCUCUUACUGUGUGAAAAGUUCCAAGUCUUAUGUUUAACGUUUGUGUGGAAGUCAUUCAUUUGAAUAAGUACAUACUGUGUAACAUUACUUAAUCUUUUAAAUAUUUCAGCUGUGGUGUUACUUGAAAAUACAUAUAAAAUUGUAGUAUACAUCAGAAGUUUAUACAGAGAAACUAGUGAUCCCAUGGAAUAGUGUAAGGCUUAUCUUUUUAAAGUGUGUAUAGAAUAUAUACAUACAUAUGUAUAAGCUUUAUGUAUAGUUGUAAAACUGCAUACAUCUCUAAUGAAAAAUGCAAAAGUAAAAUGCAUUUUUCUCUACCUUUACUUUUAAUUUCUUUUGAAAGUAUUUGUUGGGGUAGUGGUGAUUUACUGUUUUAUGUAUAGAGGUAGCGGGGAGAAAUUGUUAUGCCUGAUCGUUGGCAUUUAAGCUAGAUAAUGUUUUUGUAAUAUCACAAAAUCUCAGAAUUCUAACAUUCUGAUUUGUGUUUAAAGGUUGAAUACACUUGAGCAUUUGUCCUCCUUUUAUCGUAGUAAUGAUUAAAAUUGUUACCCAAGUACAUUCCUUUGCAACCUAAUACUUCAAAGUUGUAACAUUUUGCUUUUAAUAUUCAGUCAUUAAUAACAUAUUAAAAUCUUAAUGCUCAUUCAUCAGUAUUUGUAGUUUGAAAUAAGAUGUAUUGAAUCACAAAAGGAAGACUGCUACUUUAAAGAUUUCUAUUAAAAUAACUAUCCUGAGUGUUAUGCAGAUCCAAGAUGAAGACAUAUACUUCACCCUAUAUUGUCCACUAAAAGUGAAUGUUGUUGCAUUUAUAUAGAGCUGGUUUAUCUUUAAGGCAAAGAUUACAUUCAUUUAAAUAGAAAGGAACUGGUUAAAUAAAUCGACCACAAACAGUUUAAAAUUUCAAAAGUAUUUCAUAUAUGGUUAUGUACUACAUUUUAAAUGUCUAUCUGACUUUAAAAAAAUUGGGGGACAUGAAAGGGGAAUUUUUGGAUUUAAUUUGCAGCAUUCUGGGAUAUGUUAUAGAAAACUAGAUCAUAGGGAUGGUUUUCCAUUUCCAAGUUUGUUACUCUUUUUUGUAAGACAUUAACAGUUUGUGUGAACAUGUGCAUUUGGUUAAUGCUACUUUAAUCUGCAUUCUCUCAUGACUGUUGGCUUAAAAUGCUAUGCAUUGAGCUGUAAUGAGAUGCUGUUUCUCUUGUUAUCUGUAUACAGCUGCUUGCUUUUAAAUGACUAGAUAAUGAAUUAGCUUCCUGGCA